CGUUGACAUCCGUCUCUUGUGGAAGAACAGGAUCCUUCACCCCUCUCAAAACAAGGAAUGAAUCUCUUCUUGGCGUCCGGAAUCCUUGCGGUGCUCUGCAACUGUCCAACAGGUCCAAUCCUUCGGGGGCAUCCUACCUCAGGUGGUUACUACUACCUACUACCAGGAAAGCCCGCAAGAGACGCACUUUCCCCGGUGAGUGAGUGCAGUACUGUUUGCUUUUCGGGUGAGUUGGUCUUAAUGUGGGGAUACGAUGGUGUCAUUGGCUACUACUUGGCAGAUACUGAACUUAUAUGCACAUUCUUGAUGUGAUCGUCUGCUGAGCAUGACUGCUGUAAUGGUCGGUGUGGAAGUGCUGUGUGUGGAUUAAACUCUAUAUGCGCAGUAUCAGUGCAGCUCUGCUCAGUUACGACUAGGCACGAAAAGAGUCAGGGAAAUAUUGUAUCAAUAUUAUCGCUUCAUUUGAUUCAAUUAAUAUGUACUACCAUCGAUGUUCUAUUGAAUGCACAACUACAACGAUUCUGAUAUAAUACCAUGACUACCAUCAUGGUUGUGGUAGAGAUACGCCUUACAGGAAACGUUGCGCCGAGA